UAAGUUUUUGCUGGUAGAUUCACCCACUGCUACAGGGGGUUUCCUAGGUCCUGCCAAUGGUAUGACUGAGCAGAUUGAUGUCUCUGAUGGGAUCAUGCAGAAAAAUCGAGGACGGCCUGGUGCGAUAACUAACAUCUGAUAAUUCCAAGGAAAACAGAAAUGGCCCGCUUCUGAUGAUGGCCGGGGGAGAAAACUCUGCUCAAUCUCACUCUUAACGAUGGACGGAGUGAUCCAGGAGUCACUGCUCAUCCUGGCUGGACAUGGUCAUGAGGACAACUUAGUAGCAGAACAGCACAACUCACCACUCAGACUCAUCAACAACAUCGCAACCAACUACAAACUCAUCAAACAACACACCCAACAGACUAGCAACAACAACAACCAAAACAUCAACGCACUCAACUCAACCAUCAACAACCAACUACUCAAACACUACCAACAGACACUCAUCGACCUAGAACUCAAACUACUCACUCACCAUCCAAGCCUAGUCCCAGCCAACCAGCACAACCAACCAGCACCACCACUCUCAACCAUCACUGCCCAACUAAACCACUACCAACCCAUCCUACUCAAACUCAACCAACUCAUCAACCAACUACCAUCAACAACAACAACCACUACUCAACUCAUCCAACUCAUCCACAACCAUCAAACAUCAACCGGAUCACCACCACUAGCACUCAUCCUCAACAACCUCCAACUAGCAAUCGAACAACUAUGGAUCAACCAAUUCAGAUCAUUCAUCAUCCACCAAUCAAAACAAGAACUAUUUCACCUCAACAACAACCAAUUCUCAUUCAACAAAAUCAACCUACCCAUCCUACCAUCCCUAGAACCCAGGCACGAACUGCUUCACACCAUCAAUCAGAUCUGCCAUGCCAUCUCCAUCCUCAACAACCUAUCCACCAGACUCCCAAAAGAACUCCAACAACAACUCACCAACGCACUCCAAUCAAUCCACUCCAUCUCCAACCCACACUUCAGAAUCGCACUCAAAAACAUACAAGAAAUCCUAUCCAACUAUCUAUUUUCAAACUAUCUAACCAGAGAGAUCCUCUCAACCACACUCAAGACGAUCACCGACAUCUUCUUCCUCCGCAACACCACCUUCAGGGAAACCCUAGUCGAAGGACUCGUCCGUUUGAAAGCCAACCAAACAACAACAAGCGAACGAGGAGGGGGAAGAGGAAGACGCAGGAUGAACGGACGGGAGUUGGACGUCUUGUUGUUGAAGGCCGGGAUCAGCACCGAGUUGGGCGAAGACCCCGGCGGACGACCGAUCGAUAUCCAAGGCUUCUCCUUCCAACUCCUCCAAGAAUCAUCAUCAGAAAACCAAGAUCAAGAUGAGGAAAAAAUUCAGAACAAGAACGCCGAUCCCAGCUUCAGUCGCUCCAUCCUCUCAUCCUCUCAGCCAGUCUCACUCACCUACAGCCCCAAGCCGGGUCUGUCCCUCUUCCUGACCAAGCCGAUCUGCCAGACCUACGCCGACAUCCAUCGUUGUCUGUUCGCCUUCCUGAUCGGCCAACAGACCUACAAGGAGGCCUGGCGCGAGCUCUCGCAGAAGGAACGGCUCCGGAGCCGGCUCGAUGGUCGACUGCUCACCACCACCACCACCACUCUCAAGGCCACGGGUGGUGAUCCUGAGACGGUCAGGGCACUGCUCAGAGUCGGCUUCGAAGGACUCAGAAGGAUCGGCUGGUUCUUGGACACCAUGCUCGAUUACUUCUUCGCCCAAGUCAUCGAGCCCUCCAUCGAGAGCUUCUCGGCCGCCAUCGAGGCCCACUACCAAAGCCUCUCCUCCUCAUCGGCUCCCCAUCCUUCAACCGCGGAGCCGGGUCUGAACACCAACAGAAGCUCGACCAGUGCCGAUUUCUUCGCCAUCCAUGCCCACUUCCUCGCUCGGAUCCAGACCGGGCUCUUAGCCCUCGAACCGCAAAACCAUAACAACAAUAAGGAUCGGGGUGGUGGGAGAUGGAUGAUGGUGGACUUGUUGGACUGUUGUUUCGAGUUCUUGGCCCUCCUUCAGGCCUGGUCCUUCGAACUCAUCCCCUCCCUUCUCAGCGACCUUUCCUCUUCUUCUCAUCAAGUCGACGACCACCAAUCGCAAGUCUUGCGCGAUCGCAGAGCUCACUUAACCGGGAUCCUCGAGCGCUUCACCAGCUUACUCAAUCGCUUCGUCCUCGAAUUACGUCGCGACCAUCAUCACCUGUCUUCCCAUCAUUUGUCUUCUUCUCGUAGCCAUGAUCAGCAGCAACAGCAGCAGGAGGAGGAGGACUUGGAUAGCCCGGGUAUCGCCCUCUUCGAGCCCGGCCCAAUGAUGCUCUCCGAUCUCAAGGCUGCAGGCUUCAGACGCGCCUGUCUGGACGCCCUCGGCUUGAAAUUCGACUUCAAUCUCGCCUUCGACUCGGCCCUCCCUUUUGCUCCUCCUCCGUCCAAUCAAUAAUCGGCUGCUUCUUCUUCGUCGCUCUUUUGUUGGCUGGGCUGGAAGGCGUUGAAUCUGCGGGGUUUUUCAUUUUUUUUUUUUUACUCGUUACUUGAAAAACCACUCAUUUCUUUUAUAUAUAUGGUUAGGCGUAUUUAUAUGUUGUUGAAGGUUGGUCUCAUCUUUCGAUGAUCAACCCCCCCCCCCCCCCUCCCC